AUGACCAGGAUCUACCAACUCAAACCCACAGCUCCACUAACAUUUCUCCUCUCUGCCUCAUCUUCCCAGGAUGCUGUUCUGCCACUCUGUGUGUUCCUAAGUCUGGGGGCUUCUGGGUAUUGUAGUCUCCAAGACAAGCAGACUGACUUUGGCCUGCGAGUGUUUGCCGAGGAGGCCUCCAGGAACCAGGGGAGAAACCUGGUCCUCUCCCCCUACGGAGUGGCCUCCGUCCUGGGCAUGGCUCAGCUGGGUGCUGCGGGCAAAAUGCUGAAGAACCUGAAAUCCAAGAUGGGCUUCUCUCUGCAAGAGCGGGGCAUGCUGAGGCAGCAGAGGCUGCUCCAGAGGGACCUGUCCAGCGAGGAGGGCGUGGAAGUGGCCGGCAGCGGCGUCAUGGUGGAGAGGAAGAUGACCCUGGAGAAGGGCUUCCGCCGCUCCCUGGGGAAAGCCUUCCAGAGCUACCCCAACCAGCUGGACUUCACCAGGCCCGACCAGGCCCUGCAGAUCAUCAACGCCUGGGUGGACGACCACACACCGCCGGGCACCAUCCCUGACUUCCUCCCCGCCGGCUCCCUGACGGAUGAGACUCGGCUGGUCCUGCUGAACGCGCUCCACUUCCAGGGCCUGUGGAAGGUGCCCUUCGAUGACAGGAUGACAGAGGAGCGCCUCUUCACCUGCGCCAACGGCAGCCAGGUGCCAGUUCCCAUGAUGAGGCUGAUCAACAAGUUCCACUAUGGUGAGUUUGUCACCCCCGAGGGCGUGGACUAUGACGUCAUCGAGGUUCCGUACGAGGGCGACUCACUGAGCAUGCUCCUGCUCUCCCCCUUCGAGGCCGAGGUGCCACUGAGCGCGCUCACCGGGGAGCUGAACAGACAGCGUAUGCAGCAGUGGAGAGAGGAGCUGAGGAACGUCAAACGCCAGCUGGCCCUGCCGAGGUUCACAAUGGACUCUGACUUAGACCUGAAGGCCACUCUCACCAGCAUGGGGCUGGGGGAUCUGUUCAACCUGGCAACCGCUGAUUUCUCCCGUAUCACCAAUGAGGAAAGACUGUGCGUGUCCAAGUUCCUGCAGAAGGUCAAGCUCGAGGUGAAUGAGGAAGGAACAAAAGGGUCGGCUGCCACAGCCGCCAUCUUGUUCUCCCGCAUGGCUGUGGAGGAGCUGACUCUGAACCGACCCUUUCUCUUCCUCAUCCAGCACAAACCCACAGGUGCUGUCCUGUUCGCCGGACAGGUCAACCAGCCACAGGAACACUAGCCGACCAAUCAGAACCACCGGAACAAUGACUGAGACACAAUGACCAAGGACUGUCCUAUCAUUCCAUUGGCAGGGGCUGCUGUCAAUCAACUUGCUACUGAGACCGACUACAGCACACCAAAACAUGACUAUUCACUAUGAAGAUGACCUACUUAAUUUACACACCUCAUGUAAUGGAUGUCGUUCAAUUGACAUGAAGGGAAAUUAAUAUAAUCAGGGCUAUUGCCAACUGUCACUUAUUGGUAAUAUUAUAUUUGGAGAUCUUGAUUGUUUUGUUGAAAUUUCUAUUCAAAUAGUUUCAAACUGUAUUUUUACAAUAUUUAUAUAUUUAUUAAAGUUUUAAUAAAUGUUUU